CGCAUCUAACAUAGAUAUUGUCAGAAUUUGAAGUAGUAUAAGUGAGAGUUGUCUCCGAUUCAGUAUAUAAAUUACAAAUUUUGAUAUAACCAUUUUCCGAAAAAUGUUUUCUAGUUUCGCUGCUCUGACUAAUAUAUCCAAAUUAGCCAGAGCAGAAGUGCGUAAAAUUUUGGAUUCUAUCGAUACGGUUUUAGUCGAUUGUGAUGGAGUUUUAUGGUUAGAAAAUAUACCUAUACCAGGUUCGGUUGAGGUUAUUAACCGACUUAAAGAAAUUAAAAAAAAAGUUAUAUUCGUUACAAAUAAUUCAACAAAAAUCCGAGAAGAGUUAGUCGUUAAGGCUAAACAAUUAGGAUUUAAUAUUGACAAGGAAGAUGUCAUGUCAACAGCGUAUUUAGCUGUAUCUUACUUGAAAAAUACCGGUUUCAACCAGAAAGUGUACGUUAUAGGAUCAAAAGGUAUAACUCAGGAAUUAGAAUCUGCUGGAAUUCAACAUUUAGGAAUUGGGCCUGACAUUAUUGAAACUAAUCUGGCCAAUGCUAUCGAUAAUUUUCGUCCGGAUCCAGAAGUUGGGGCUGUAAUUGUAGGAUUUGAUGAACAUUUUUCUUAUAUAAAACUUUUAAAAGCAGCAACUUACCUUAGCAAACCCGCUUGUUUAUUUAUAGCUACUAAUACAGACGAGAGGUUUCCCACUAGCACCGAUUUAGUAGUACCCGGUACGGGGUCUAUUGUUAGAUCAGUCGAGACUGUGUCUCAAAGGGAAGCUGUUGUCGUCGGUAAACCAAAUUCUUAUAUAGCUGAAGCUCUAAUUAAUGAGUACGGAAUCGAUCCAAAGAGGACUAUAAUGAUCGGAGACAGAUUGAACACAGAUAUUUUGUUGGGUACUAGAUGUGGUUUUCAAACACUUUUGGUACUGUCUGGUGUCACUACAUUAGAUGAAGCUACACAAAAGAAAACAUCAAAUAAAAAGGACGACAAAGACCUAAUACCUGAUUUUUACCUAAAUAAAUUGGGUGAUUUAAUGCAAUUCAUCCAUUAAUCAACAGAGAAUUUAUAGAAAAAUUUUUGUUUUAUUUAUUUUUUGAUCAAAAAUAUAUUUAUGGUUAAAAAAGAA